AUGGAUCAAAAAGAACGCAAUGUUAGCAUGAAAGAAUUUCGAACUGGUUAUAGUCGAAUCUUGAUACGAACAGAUUUACUUGGGGGUGAUAUUGGUAUUCCACAAUUAAGUAUUGGACGUAGUGGUAGAUUCGAUCGAAAAGGUGCGGCUAUCAAUGUUGUUACCAAUAAUGAUCGGCAUAUCUUACGUGACAUUGAACAAUUCUAUAAUGCACAAAUACAAGAAAUGCCUUUGGACGGUCCCGAUUUGAUAUAA